GCGUAUUGGCCCUCGUUGGCAGUACUGAUCCAAGUCUCCCAGUGCUAUGGUCUCCCAGGACAAUAAUUUAGGCCAAAAUGAAAAUAUCGAAAACUAUCUUUACUUGAAAAUGCUAAAGUACAUUGGCUUUAAUAUCGACUUAAGCGGGCGGCAUCAAGUUGUGGGUCGGACAAUAUUUUUAAAAAGGCUACCGGCUUUUCUAUGUAUCGCUAUGGGGUCGUGCGCAGCAUUCAGUCAAGUGAUCCUUAUCACGGAAACGAUGAAAAGUCACGACUAUUACUUGGCGACGCAGGUUGCGUGUCACUUUUUUUCUAAUGUGCUGUGCUUGUCGAAGGGCUAUCGGACGACAACUGCCGUCAAGCAAUUGAACACAGUCAUAUGCGAAUUAACAGACAUUUGGCGAAUGCACGUACCACGAACUCAAAUACGCGAUAACAUUCUGCAAAAAGCUAGCCGAAUCGUGUGGAUUUGUAGAAUUUUCAUAGCUGCGUGUUGUCUUGGAAUUUUGAGUGUUGAGUGGCCGGCAUUACGGAAACUCUUUUUAUUGUAUAUUCAUCGAGACAAUGUCAAUUACACAAUCGAUUAUAGCCAGAGAGUUUUCUGGAUAAAGUAUCCAUUUGAAAUAAACGAUCCUAAAACUUAUUUUUACGUCGUACUGGAAGAACAGUACUUACUUUUUGGCUGUGUUUUAUUUUGGAUUUGCGGAGAUACCGUUUUUGCUCAGUUAACAUCGCACGCUUCGUUACAGUUUGAAAUACUACAGCACGAUAUCAGUGCUCUGAUGAAUGAUGAAUGCUCCGAUGCAAUGUUAAAAAGAAAUUUGAUUGGUUUUAUCACAAGACAUUCAAGACUCCUCAGGAUUUGCGAUCUCAUUGAUGAUAUUUAUAGUCCUAUAGUAUUAGUAGCCGUGGUGGUUUCCAGCAUCAAUAUGUGUGUUAAUAUGUUCGAACUCGGCGAGACAGUUAAUACUAAGCAAUACGUGAAUGCAUGCUUUCAUUUAGUUAUUCUGACUAAUACAUUUUUGCAAAUGGUGUUUUACUGCGUUUUCGCUGAAACAUUGACUGCGCAAGUAAGUGCCAUAGGUGAUGCGAUGUACAACAGCAAUUGGACAAAUAAAAAUUACAAAUUCGGAAUGUACGUAAACAUGCUUAUUAUUAAGUCACAAAAACCAUUUCAAUGCACGGCUUUUGGAUUCUUUCCAAUAGGACAUGUACGACUGACAGUGGUUCUCAAGACAGCAUUUUCAUACUACAUGAUGCUACGGUCACAAAAUGUUUUCUGUAAGUUAGGUAAUGGACAGUCUCAUAAUGUCGACAUUGAACAAUAUUUUUCUUUGAACUUGAAAUUAUUGUAUUGCAUGGGGUUCAACAUCAAUUUACGAGAAAGUAAAAUUUUCAAAGAGACGAAACUUCUGCAGAAAAUACCAGCUCUCAUAGUGAUAGCCUUAGAAGUAUACGGCUGUGUUUGUCAAGUUUUUCUGAUCGUCGAUGCAAUGGAACAUCGUGAGUUAUUUUUGGUAUCUAGAAUUUGCAGUGACUUUUUCAGCAAUAUAUUAUGCUUUUCCAAGGGUAUUCGGCUAGUGAUGGCUAUAAGAAAGAUCAAUUCGCUGUUGCAAGAAUUAGCAGCCUUUUGGCGAGAAUACGUGCCCCAGCAUCGAAUUCGUCAGAUCAUUUUGAAAAAAGCCAAUAAUACUAAGACCUUUUGCCACUUGUUCUUCAUGAUGAUAUUUGUCGGGGUUCCUUCUUUCAGCUUCUCUUCAUUACGAAAUUUAGUUUUACUGUUCGUGCAUCGGAACGAAGCAAACAACACCUGCGACUACGAGAGGAUUUUCUUCAUAACAUAUCCAUUCGAAAUACAAAGUCCGAUGACUUAUUUUUUCAUCAUUCUGGAAGAGGAAUACUUACUGCUUGGCUGCGUUACAUUCUGGGCCUGUGGUGAUAUACUAUUUGCGCAGUUAACAACGCAUGCUUCUUUGCAGUUCGAAAUAUUAAGCGAUGAUAUUGGUUUAUUGAUGAAAAAGGAAAAGCCGAGUGCCUCAUUAAAAAGGAAUUUCAUAGGUCUCAUUAAACGACACAAGCAACUUUUAAAUAUUUGCGACCAAAUCGAGGACAUUUAUAGCCCCUUAGUGCUAAUUACGGUGAUUCUAUCCGCAAUAAAUAUUUGUGUUAACAUUUUCGAUCUGAGCGAGACAAUCAAUACUAAAGACUAUGCGACUGCAGGAAUUCAUAUUUUUCUGUUGAUUAACACAAUUUUGGAAAUCGGGUUCUAUUGUAUUUUUUCCGAAGCACUUACGCAGCAGAUAAGAGCUGUAGGAGACGCGAUUUAUAACAGCAGCUGGACGGAUAAAGAUUAUAAUUUUGGAAUAUAUGUGUACAUGCUUAUAAUAAAGUCGCAAAAUCCAUUCUAUUGCACAGCUUAUGGAUUCUUUCCUAUUGGACAUCAACGACUAACAAUGGUUCUCAAUGCAGCAUUUUCAUAUUAUAUGAUGCUUUUAACGACAACUUAAUACGCAGAUGCUAC